AUGAAAGACACCGGGGAGUCAAAAGAUCAUCAACUCACGGUCGCCCUGCGCAUCCGGCCCCUCAGUGAUGCAGAGCUGGAGGAGUCUGCAACCAUCGUGGCACACAGAGUGGACGACCAGAUGGUUGUCCUCAUGGACCCGAUGGAGGACCCAGACGACAUUCUGCGGGCGAACCGGUCGCGGGAGAAGACCUACAUGUUCGACGUGGCGUUCGACUACUCUGCCACCCAGGAGGAGGUGUACCGGGCCACCACCAAGGGUCUGAUUGAAGGGCUCAUCUCUGGGUACAACGCCACUGUUUUUGCCUACGGACCCACAGGCUGUGGGAAGACCUACACCAUGCUGGGGACAGACCGAGAGCCGGGGAUCUACGUGCGAACGCUGAACGACCUGUUUCAUGCCAUCGAAGAGACCAGUGACAACAUGCAAUACAGCGUCUCAAUGUCCUACCUCGAGAUCUAUAACGAGAUGAUCCGAGACCUGCUGAACCCCUCCUCCGGCUUCCUGGACCUGCGCGAGGAUUCCAAGGGCGAGAUUCAAGUGGCGGGCAUCACUGAAGUGUCCACCAUCAACGCCCGAGAGAUCAUGGAGCUGCUGGUGAAGGGCAAUAAGCAGAGGACGCAGGAGCCGACGGCGGCCAAUCAGACGUCUUCGCGGUCGCACGCCGUGCUGCAGGUGGCUGUGAGGCAGCAAAGCCGCUGCCGGGACGUCCUGCAGGAGGUGCGAUUCGCCCGGCUCUUCAUGAUCGACCUGGCGGGAUCGGAGCGCGCCUCACAGACGCAGAACAGAGGUCAAAGGUUAAAGGAAGGCGCGCACAUCAACCGCUCCCUCCUGGCUCUGGGAAACUGCAUCAACGCCCUGAGCGAGAAGAACGGCAACAAAUACGUCAACUACAGGGACAGCAAGCUGACCCGUCUGCUCAAGGACUCUCUGGGCGGGAACAGCCGCACGGUCAUGAUCGCUCACAUUAGCCCCGCCUCUUCGGCCUUCGAGGAGUCGCGGAACACGCUGACAUACGCCGACCGCGCCAAGAGCAUCCGCACACGGGUGAAGAGGAACCUGCUGAACGUGUCUUACCACAUCGCGCAGUACACCAGCAUCAUCUCCGACCUGCGCAGCGAGAUCCAGCGGCUCAAGAACAAGAUCGCCGAGCAGGCGAGCCGGCAGCUCAACGCCGACCGGGCUGAUAUUCGGCACGUGCAGGCGGAGGUCCAGGCCCACUCCUCCCUGCAGGGCCGGGCGGAGAUGGACCAGCUCAGGGAGCAGCUGAUCGAUGCCUUCCGCCAGCAGAUGGAGGUCCGCAGGAGCCUGAUGGAGCUGGAGAACUCCAACAUGGAAAUCCAGAUCGACACGUCCAAGCACCUGCUCACCAUCACCGACUGGGAGCAGGAGCGCAGUCGCAGGGCGCGGAAGUGGCGGGCGGAGAGGCGCAGGGAGAGCCUCAGCAAGGAGGAGAGCGAGAAGGACUCUGACUCGCCCGACUCCCCGCCCGACAUCCCAGAGCCGCAGGAGGUCGCCAUGGCGAGGGAGAACCUGGUUGCCCUCAUGGCCGAGCAGAAGAAAAUCCGCAAACAGAAGGUGGCGCUGGACCGGCGCUUCCGGGAGCAGCGGGAGCGGGCACGGCGGCUGGAGGAGCUGCUGCCUCGCAGGGUGAGCUCGGAGGAGCAGCGGGAGGUGUUGGGGCUCCUCUGCAAGGUGCACGAGCUGGAGAUCGAGAACGCCGAGAUGCAGUCCCACGCCCUACUCAAGGACAACGUCAUCCGCCACAAGAACUUCGUGGUGCAGAGAUUCGAGCAGCACAGACACCUCUGCGACCAGAUCAUCCAGCAGCAGCGGCAGUUCAUUAACGAUCACAGACUCCUGGUGCCCCCCCACCUGCAGGAGCUGUAUGACCUGUACACCCGGGAGCUGGACGAGAGGAGUCUGGACCGGGCGGUGGCCCUGGACCGGGUCACUGUCCGCACCCUUAGGGAGGGCUCUCUGCCGAAGAUCGCCCUGUCGGGUGGGGGUGGGGAGAGUCUGCAGGAUGUGGACUCUGACCAGGAGAGCGUCCGCAUGCUGGCCUUGGACACGGCACGGGGCCGGGCCAAGGCGCGGAGACACACCCUCCCGCCCAUCCUCCCAGAGCCCGAGGGCGACAGUAACCGGGUGUUUAAGAGCAGCAGCCACACCCGGCAGAUGAAACACUCGGUGGUGAUGACUCCGCCCCCGAUUCACGUCAACGGCCCAGGGCACCAAGAGCUCCGCCCCCAGCCCCAGGAGAGCAUGCUCAGCUACAGCCACCUGAGCCACAGCGUCAGCAGCCAGCUGGACUCCUCCCCCGAGAGCAGCGAGAACGGGGCCGACGCCCCACUCUCACGCCAAGAGCGGCAGCAGAUCCUCAGAGGGGUGAAGAACAUCGCGGUGAAGGCGGCCCGCAGACGCUCCCGGGUCCUGGAGGCCGAUGCCCUGCGGUUGCCCCCUCCAGCGUCCCCGCUCGACUCCAAAAAGCAGAAGAGCAGCCUGUCUCUGAGCGAGGCGCCCCCUAGGGGCGCGGGGACGCAGCGGGAGCGACUGGCCAGCCCCGAGCUGCGGCAUGCCACCUCCGACGACAACCUGUCCAGCAGCACCGGUGACGGCCCCACCCUGCGGGACGGCCCCGUCCUGCAGGGCACCUGGACCCGCCCCCGUCACCGCCAGCCCGCCCCCAGAAACCCCGCCCCCCGGGAGCCCGACUUCGAGGCCCGACGCCGCAAGAGGAGGUCCCGCUCCUUUGAGGUCACGGGGCAAGCGCUCUCUCAGUCGAAGGCUGCAGCCCAGCGAUUCCGUCCCCUGGACAGCACUUCUGACCCCCACCUCCACAUCAACGGGCAGCCUCCCGCACCCCUGCUGCGCCCACAGGCCAGAGGGGUGCCUCCCCUCACCAAAAUAAGGCUGCCCCAACAUGGACACCCUACAGGGCCAACGGCUGUCACCUCCGACCCCUCCUCCUCCCCCGGGCUCCCCCUCGGAGGCACCCACAGGCGGGGGCCGCACCUCAGACCCCCCCAGCCACUGCUGUACGUCACCACCUCGGGCACGGGGGCACAGCGCACCCGUAAACACUGAGCCCCCCCCCACCAAACAC